UAGCUUUAUAGCGAUUAGUGCAUUAGAGUCCCGUAUUUACAACGGCGAUGAUUUAGUUCCAAUGCAACACCGGCAUUUGGUACUUCUUAAUAUAAGAUUUUGGAACCCACAUGAGUAUUCGAAAUGCACCGGCUCCAUAAUUAGCAAUAAAUGGAUAAUCACAGCCGCACACUGCGUCAACAAGGAUGGAAUCAUGUCUGUUUUCGUAAGACAAUUUAACAAAGAGAGAAACAGGAUCCUAACGCAUGUGGGGCCAUACAACUUUUAUAUACAUCCAUCAUUUAAAAACUUGAAUUUUGAUGACGCAUCUAGUGUCGAAAAUGACAUCGCUUUAUUGAAAGCUCCAAAAAGAAUUAUCUUUGAUUACAAUGUUUCUCCGAUUGAACUAGCACAAGUUUCACCGCAGAUUGGCGAUUCCGUAAUAAUGGCUGGACAUGGAAUGAACGAGAUAUCAAACAAGGAUCCGGUAUUGCCUCGACAAGGAGAGGGAAUACUUGUUCGAUGCCCUAAAGAGUUGGAUAAUAUGUUGUGUGUUUAUAACCAUACAACACCUUGGUAUGGUGACUCCGGCGGCCCACUGACGCAUAAUGGCAAAUUGGUGGGCAUUGUAUCUGGAGGUUCCGGACCUGGAUGCGAUGACGAUUAUCCAAAAUCGCUAUGUCUUCAACGUUAUUCAAAAAUAGCAUACCACUAUAAUUGGAUAUUUAAUGUAAUCGCUAAUAACUGAGUGCGUAACCAACAAAA